AUGGCGCUGCCUAGCAGCAACUCGGAGCUGCAGCAGCUCAAGCAGAAGCUGGAGACGCUCGUAUUAGGUCGUGAUCUCAUCUCUCUUUCCACUGUCAGUGUCCUCCCGCGUGGUCCCGAGACCACGGGCUUUGACUCGGAACCGUCCUUUUACGGUACCAUACCGGUAUCUACCGAAGACGACGACAGUAACCACGACGACCACGAUGACCACGACGAUAACAGUACCAGUAGCCACGAGAAGAACAACUUCGAGAGUCUGAACGCGUCGGUAAACCGGUACGCAGGCGUCAUUUACGCCGCCCGUUUCUUUGUCACGCGCGUCGGGUUUCUACGCUCGGUCAAGCGCCUCUUGGUCCUCAGCAGUAACCACCUGACGAUCGUCGAUCCAUACUCCGAGCAAGUGAAAGAGCGCUAUGCGUUUGAUAAUAUCAAAGAGAUCACCAUUGCUUCGGACAGCGGAGGGCACAACGCAGACAGAGCGUUCACGGUCUUUAUCGGCAAGAACGUCAAGGAGACGUACACGUGUCGCUGUCGCCAGCAGCUGCUCUCGGCGUACUACCAGCUACGAGAACGGGCGUCGGCGUGCCGGAAAGACCAGAUUGAUGCGGCCACGGCUGAUGCGCUCAGUGCUGUUGGUGCGAGCGUGGCGUCGAGCGACAGCAGCUACUGGGCCACGUCGGGAUCUAGCGGAACGGCAGGAGGUCUGAGCAACUUUUCAAGUCUAGGGACCAGUGGCAUGUACUUUGACAGUUUGUUUCAAUUGUGCGGCAAGACGUUUACCGUGAUAAAGCUGAGCACGACGCGCAGCGUGAGUCUGCAUCCUGUGAAAUUGGACGUGCUGCUUGCAGUGCGAGCGGCGAGCUUGGAUCGCCUCGAACCUGAUACACGCACGACGCUGUCGUCGAUCUUGUUGAUUGAAAUUGUCAAGAUUCAGCGCGUGAGUACCAACUCGAGUGAACUCGUGCUGUAUUUUGAAAACAACCGCGUGCACCGGUACUGGUGCGACAGUCGCGAGCCCUUCAUUCAAGCAAUCGCAAACAAUUUGCGCUCGUGGCUUGGCGUGUCGCUUUUUGUGGAAGAAGUAUCGGACUCGUAUGAGUUUGACGCGCUAACGUCGACGCGAGAUAUCCCGCAACCCGUGACGUUUGAGAUUCCAGUGCUGAAGAUCAGCAAGAACAAGUCGGACAAGUUGCAGCUGCGGUUGCUGGGUCUCACUGCGCUGGCAAUUGUUGAACGAGACCCUGUGACAAGAAAGACGAUGGCAAGCCAUGCGCUGAACGACAUUUUUAACGUCGUGAUGUACCCUUCGGUGUCGUCGUCCCUAGAUGAUCUCGAGACUGAAGCAUCACAAGGGUUGUGCGGCAAGUUUGCCUUAGAGUUAAAGCACGGGCGAACACGUCGUUACGUCUGUCUGAGUGCAGCGGUCAACCGACGUGAUAAAGAUGUUAGCCUUGGACUACAGUGGGUAUCGUCGCAGCAUGAGAAUGAGCUUUGCCAGGUUAUUGGAGACAUUGCUGGGGACAUGGACGCUCCUGCGUGGCUACAAGUUGCUGGAUCGUCAACAUUGCUCAGUCCAAAGGAGGUGCGCAGUCUGUUUUUUAGCAAUAUGAUUGAGAUGUGUCGAAUGAAUAAGCUGCACUUGCCAUGGUCAACGGAAGAGACGGAAAUUGCGUGCAAGGAAGGAACAUGGGGGACUGAAGUCCACUCUGAAUGGGAAGACAUUUUGCUGCGCAAGUUGGCUAGUCUGAGCUUGAUCCCGAAUCUCGUGUCAAACGAGAGUAUGUCGAUUAUUUACAACCAACUUGUUCAGUUUAACCGCAAUAUUCCGCUGGGAGGUCUCCGCCAGCGCGAUCGACGUGCAUUUGCGAGCCUGAUGAAGCUACUCGAAAACUUCAAGGUGUACUCGGUGGCUCAGCUUAACAGUCCUUCCAACACGGACGCUCCGAUCCCGACGACAGAGUUUCAGGUGGAGUUACUGUUGGCGAUCCAGCGCUUGCUUUGCACUCGCGGGGUUUUUGAGGAAAUUCCUAGCUCGCAGUACAAGAGGAGUAUCGAAGUGAUCAUGGAGUUGCUCCAUUCUCCGAUGGAAGAAGUGAGCUUUGCAGCUUCAUGCGUGAUCAAGUAUAUGGUGAUCAAUUACUCCGAUACGCGCAGCUUGAAGUCCGAGACGGCCAAUCGUCGGGCAAUUUUUACUAAGUACCAUAGCAGAAUGUACGUGUCUCGCGCAUUUGACUUGUCGAGGACGAAUCGGGCUGGCCGCCUACCAUUACACAGCGUCGAUUUGGCAAGGACCGAAUCAAGCAGAGCCCAGUCAGUGGCGGCAAUGUCCAACAUAGAACGCAGCAUGGCGAAUGCGCUUGCAUAUUCCCAACUCGGGUUAGAUUACCUUGUUCUUGGUACGGUUCUGCAGACGCUUGAGGUUUGUCUGUCGAGCGGAAAGAAAGCAACUCCAGAAAGAGUGGCAAGGGAUUUACUUCGAGCUAUGCGGUUUAAUGACUUUUCUCGUCACCACGCUCUGUUUUUGUUCAAUCGGUCAUUGAGCUUCUCGAUUACGAAGAGCUCGUCAAUUUUGGUGAAGGUGCAUAUCUUGGAGCAACCUACUGAGCUUGUGGAGCUCAUUCAAGACUUCGCGAGGAAACACGGGGCACUUGUUUGGCAGCUUUACUUAGCCUUGUACACCCAAGACAAGGCCCAGCGUCGAAUCUCAUCUCAAUUGGUAGCAUUGCUUACGCACGAAAACCCACGUUCAUCGUACGUCAUACGAAACAUUUUCCCACACGCGUUGCUUGAUGACAUGAAAACUGCCCAGCUGGAAUUCGACGAGUUUGGCAGACAUCUUCCCACAGCAAAUUUCGAAACUUACCCAAAGAACAACGACGCUUCGCACAAGCAUGGUGGUCGCCGGGAUACGACUAGUGCUGCGGAAGGUAGGCGCAACAAACUUAGUUUCGGGAUCAACACACGUGCUCGCUUGGCGCGGCACGUAAAACACGCAGUACUGCUGCCCGAGUUCUUUGACCGCUUGAGUAAAACUCAUGCAACCAAGGAUUUGGUGUGGGGUCCAGACGCCGUGGAAGAGCUGAUUUGUAGGCUACAAGCUGAAAUAAGCGUGCUGGAUUUAUACCGGCUGAAGUACUUAGGAUAUUUAUAUACGGACCCGCUUGCUACUGACCAUACGGAGACCGAGUGGGAUGCACACCAAACUAAUCGACUUCGUCACGAUCCACAGAACGCAACCUUCGCCCCAUUUCUUUUCGAGUUUUUGCAAAAUGGUUUGGAGAGCCAACUAGCGCUCGAGAUAAUGAAGGGAACAAUUUCAUCGUCAAACCGAUUUUCUAGAUACAUGCCGCUUUCAUUUCUGCUAAACCCCGACACAUCUGAAGACGUGGAAAGCGACGGCGGGCUAGAUGAUGACGGCUACGACAGCGACGAUAACUACACGGACGAGAACGGGUGUGCUUCUCGACCCAGUGGUACACAAGCUGGUCACGGGGCAGCGUUAAAGCACGAUGGUGAAGACGGCUCCCACGCAGGGGUACGCAGUGCGUUCUCGUCCAAGAAGAAAAAAAGGAGCACAAAGAAUAUGCCACGGUGGUUUGUGGCGUGGAACUGCAACGAAUUUCGCAUCGAUUAUGAGUGCCUGAAAGGCGAGGUGAAGGUUGGCCCGUAUUAUCUUGCAAAUAUUCUUGAUGAUCGUGGCGUCCUCGUGGCAGGAAUCGAGGGCGCCGAGAAAUUUAUGUCACUACUAUACUACCGCCUACUUGCCGAAGACCGUGGCAUUUCUACCAGCAACGUACAGAAUGCAGAACGGUGUUCUUCGCUGGACGCUCAGGGUGAUAUUGACCAGUGUGACAUUCGCUUGUUGGUUUUAAAGGUCAUGAUCCAGGUAUAUGAGCGUCACUGUACUGAGCUGGGUUCGCUGACAUUCUUGAAUCACCUCCUUCGGGUGAGCAUGAUGAAAACUAGAGGUGGCGAGGUCCGACGUUGGCCACUGGUCGUCCGUGGCAAUAUCAUGCUGUUCCUGGAUCGUGUUCUAUCCAGUGCAGUAAAUGUGUCGCGAUUUUUACGUGAAAAUGAUAACGUGACGAUGGUUCUGGAUUUGCUGCGUGAAGUGAAACCACUAGUAGUUCUUCAGGGGCCCACCGAUUCUGAGAAGGAGUACGUGGUAGAACCUCCAGUUGACAUCCAGGCGGAUCUCGACGCGUCUGAAGACGAAGACGAAGAUGUCUACGAUGAGGACGAUGAGGACUACUGUAAUGACGGAAUUGAGCAUGACAAUGAAAAUGGUGAUGAGGAAGAGGACGAUCGGGACAUGGCGAAGAGAAUGAUUGAUGCAUUAGAGGAUUCUGGCGGCGAAAGCUCAGCCUCGUCAAGCCACUCUAAUUCUCCGACUGACGUACACCCCGAUGACGAUAGCGUGCAGCUCGAAGAACUACCUAGGCGCGUGACGGUUGUGGCAGAGCAUUGCGGCGCGAUGAGUGGUUCAAUGAUCAUGCAGACCUGCUUAAGUGUCCUUAGUCGUCUCGUUGAUUGCCAUACAGCAGAAGAAGAAGGUUAUAUGUACCAAGAUGUAUGUUUCCCUAAGUAUGGGCGGCUGACGCAUUUUGAGGGCUCGAGCGUUAGCCCGAUCAGCUCAAUCAAGCAGCGGCUGUGCGAAGACCAGACGCUGCGGUUUUUGGUAGGUCUUUUGGAUUGUCCGAAUCGCAUUGUUUUUAAAAAAUGCCUCGGCUUGAUUCGGCUUCUGGUUCGGCACAACGAAGCAAUCAUCCCGAAUCUUCACGCAUCUGGCAUCUUUUACUAUCUUCUUCGGUUUGCCCAAGAUGUGGACGAAAUGUCGAUCGCGGCACGCCUUAUCUCUCAUAUUCAUUUGCGGCAAUCCGGACUUGAAUUUCCGCAUCUCGUCGAUGACAAACAAAAAGGAGAGAACAAGAAAGGUAUCUUUGCCCCUGAUCCGCUGACUCGUAUCUGCUUGAAAAGUUGGUUAGUCCGGGUGUUGCCCGUGUCUAUGGUUGCUCAAUUGUUGCGUCACGGCCCACGACGAUUUGCUACAGCACUUUUUUCUGACGCAAACAAUCCCGAAGUGGUUUGGAACGCCAGUAUGCGCAACCAAAUGGUGGCUUAUGUUGAAAAGUUCAUGAAUUUACAUACCGACGAAAGCGGGAUGUUCUAUAUUUCAAAGAAUGAAGGAUCCGAGCACAAGGCAUGUAUUCCGUUGAUCAAGUACCCGAAGGAAGUCCAUGCAUUACAGUGCUAUCAGUACUACUUACACAAUCUUCUUGACGAAAAGAAUUUUCCUGGAUGGCCUAUCAACGACGAAGCUGCUUUUUUGCGUGCUCUUCUUGACUCUAUUCGCCGUUGGGUACACCCUGGAUCGUUGCCAAGUACUCGUGGAGCUGUCAACGAUCAAUCGACAAAACUUCUCUCAGUAUUUGAUGCUGUCGAGUUGCUUGACGCUACUGCCUUGUUGGUACGCCGAUUUCCUGACUCCCCAAAUAUCACUAAUUUGCACAAUAUCUCGUAUUUUCUGGAGGCUUUGGAGCGGUGCAUUACAGAACUAAAAGCCAAUCGUGUUGGCCGGACGAAACCAUUUUAUGACGUGUCAAAAGCUAUUGCGGCCAAGACCGCGUUUGUCAAGGCAUUCAGUAGUGCGAUUCGCGUGAUUAAUUUGGCCGUUGGUGCUUCGGAUGAGAAUGCCCGCGGGGGCAGCUCUGGACUGGGCCUUCGCGUGCUGUGCAAUUCCCUUCAAUUAUUAUUUCACAACCAAGAAGCAUUGAAUGCUGUGGAUGGGUGCGCACCGAACGUGAUCACACACUGGGUAUUGGAAGCUCUUGUGAACGUUCUUAACCAGCCGAACGGACGCGUGUCGGCUGCCGCGCAGUCGAUCGAUCUGUUGCCUUGCUUGACUCGUUACCUUUCACAGGAAGGUGAUCGCUUGGCCACCGAUCUGUCUCUUCAAAUAAUGUACGAAAUGGCUGGCAGCUCGGGAGAAAUGGCUGAAGUCCUCUUGUUGCAGCUUGCUGAGCACGGAAUUGUGUGGUAUUUAACACUGCUGCUGUUCCACUACCGGCCAAACAAUGAUGGCAACAACGGAGAAUUACAGCGUAUUAGCAUCGGUGCAGCGAAGGCAUUGGGCCGGAUCUUAGAAGCGAAUGCAAAAGAGGAAUCGAUUGCUGUGUUUGUCAAGCGAAUGCAGACUACAAUCGAGCAGAUCUUCACGCGUCCUCUUGUAGACAUAUUACGGCGGGCUGGACCAAUUAAAAUACUGGACGUGUUAGUUACUGAGGUUCGCGAGCCGCACGUCAUGUGGACUGGCCGCAUGCGAAAAGAAUUGAUCAGCCUUGCACAGCGAGCAAUACAGUUUCAUACGACGAUGGAUCAGAGCGAUGGGGAAGCGCACCAAGUGUUUGAGCUGCCGUCCCACUUUAUGUACUCGGCCCAAAAGGAAGAGCUCUGCGUGGCUGGCAUCUACGUCAAUUUCUUUAACGAGAACCCGAAGAAUGGUAUUCUCGCACAAAUUGCUGGCACUGAGAACAGUAGCGCCAGGCGCGCUGAGAUGCUCAAGCAGAAACCGGGUACGAAGAAAGAAAUUCAAGCUGCUGCCGCGGCGGCUGCUGAGCUGGAGAAUCGCACUGUAAGUGGACAUGUGAUGCACGGUCUGUUGGCAGCGCUGUCAUACGACAUAUCAGGCGUCCGCUCACAACCGCAAGCACUAGAGAGUGUGUUACUCCAGCGGUUGCUGCCAGUUGCUACGGCUAUAAGAAAUCUUUUGCAGUACACGCCUGACAUGGAUGUACAGGUUGUGCAGGCAGACGGUCUGGUGACGCUUUUGUAUGUUCUGGACCACGAGACACAGCCUCAAGGGUACUCGUUUGCGAAUGCACCGCUCUUGCUGCUCCGUUGCAUGGAGUGUGUGCACACGUUGUCAUUCAGUGGCAAAUGCGUUGAUUCGUUGGCAAAAGCAGUUCCACCGUUCAUCAAGAGUGCGUUCCAGGUCGUAUACAAGAACUUGGCGCGCACGGAGGCUUCGACUGAGGGUCAACUAGCUCGCAUAACGUUGCAGCUGCUUGGCAACUUGUGCCUCAUCCCUGCUUGCAUUGACAAUCUCGUAAAAGGGAUGGACCCUGUUAGUCUAUCGAACCUGUUGCCGCACGUAUGGCUGGGAGACUCGACGGAAAUGCAGCUUCUGUUGUGUUUGCACAUGAUCCCGCUGAAGCGACAUACACAAGCCGCUACGGAGUUUGCGAAAGCUGCCGUAAGUUCACAGCUUGCAGCAGCGCUGCUUAACCUGCUUUCCACGCUCAUGCCAAAAUCGAAGGUGGGGGAGAGCACAGCAACUAAGCAGUACGCCGCACGAUUUCUAUCAGUGCUGUCAUCCAACCCAGGCAGCGGCGGCGCCAUCUCGAGUUUGCUUAUCGCUUCUCGGGUCUGGGAAGCUCAUGGCGAUACUACUCAAGCCACUUCUGAAGACCUUCGCCGUUUGCUGAUGCCUCCAUACGCGCCUGCAUUGCUCAAGGCGCCUCACGCAAAUCCCAACAAAGUCGGCUAG